AUGUACUCCGUUGUCCAGCCGGCGGCUUUCGCGACGGAGAUGCACGUAUCUGGGCGGAGCAAAAACAUCAAAGAAAUUGACCUCGCCGCGGUCUUCUUGACCCGCGAGGACAGGGAGAUGCUCGCCCUCAUCACCUCCUUUGAUCUCUCCCACAAUCGAAUUGAAAAGCUGCAGCAGUUGGAUGCACUGACAGCUCUGACGCGGCUCAAUGCGAGCCAUAAUAAGAUCGCCGCGAUUGGUUUUCUCCCUGUCACAAUCACGGAGCUGGACGUGUCCCACAACAAUCUUAUGUCGCUUGAGGGCAUCGGUUGUCUGCCGCAUCUGCGUGACCUGAACGUGGGUUAUAAUCGUCUUCAGAAACUGAUUGGACUCUCGCGUUCACAGCCACUGCACGUCCUUCGUGCCGAAGGAAACCGUAUCGUGACGACAGUUGGCCUUGAGAGCAUGGUUCACCUGCGUUUCCUGAGUCUUGACCACAACCUAAUAGACAACGCAAACGAGCUUUACUUUUUGCCCUCCACACCAUCGUUGGAGAUGCUUUCCUUGCGUGAGAACCCGGUGGCAAACAUGAAUGGAUAUAGAGUUCUUGUGGCGCGCUUGCAGGCCUCUGUGCUCUCCUUGGAUGGGGUGCCGCUUCUGCGCGCCGAGGCGUUGCUGUCUUCGGCCCCGAAUGAGAUUCAGCAAUUGCCGGAAACACAAGUACCACUAGAGCUGUCAGCAGCGUGCCCCAUUCCCGUUAGCAAUGCGACGGCACUGCCUGCGUUUACUGCAACCCCAACGGAAAACUGCUCAACCGCUGAGGCUGAUCGCCUGCAACGCGGUUUGGAAGGCAGGGUGGAGGCUCCCAUGCCCUCAAACAAAAUUGGACCCAAAUGCUUUGAGCCACGGAUGGCUGUAACUUCAGAAAUUUUCGCUAGAGACAUUCCGGCUUUGUCCGAAUACAGCCACAACAACAGCAACGAUCUUCUGUCACACCAUGGAUCUCUCAAACAGCAGCGACUUAAGAAGCCAGGGAAAGCGACUCUGCAGAUGUCACAGGAGGUAACGCUUGCGAAGCCGAGAGCUGAAAGGGGUGGAAAAGACCUGAAAAGGACGGAAACAUUUGCUGUUGAGGCGACAAAAAAUGCACUUGCACUACCACCACCACACGUCAUGGAGCGUAAGCUGCACGAGACGGAGGUGCUUCUGGAAGAUUUGCGGAAGGAAAAUGACUAUCUUCGUACACGCAACAGGAAGGUUGGAGAUCAAUUGAAGGAUGCCAGACGCGUGAUCACUUCCCAGCUUGAUGAGAUAAGUAGGCUGCGGUUGCGGUUGAGUUCAGCUGAAGAAAAUGAAAAUAAGUUGAAAGAUCGUCUUGACAAGAUUAAACGCGGUGCCCGUGUGGUUGACCGGCAUUCACACAAUACUGUAGAUGCAAUGAAGGUAGAAAACGAGCGCCUGAAAGCCGUGUACGAGGCUCAAAUAGCCGAUCUGCGUCAACAACUUCGGCGUGCACAACGACAGAUAGCCACAGCUGUUAAUGCAACUGUCUCUCAGACAUCAGGAACGAACCGGACUCAGUCACCGCCGCUGCCGUCGCGCUCCGUGCAGAAGGUGGCGCACUUAGAUGACAACAGCGUGGAGAUACAAGCGGUUAUUGUGGAUAGUGAGGCUGAUGUUGGCGCCAGUGGAGGUCUUGGUGACAUGCCUCUUGACACAGCGCGCGCCGGGGGGGAGGACGAUACACCAAACCGCCUUGUUGGAUUACGUGCCACGGACGUGGGAAAACUUGCCGUUGAAUUGAAGAACUGGUUAUAUGCUGAGAUGGCGGAGGAUGCUCGACGAGUGGAAGAAGAUAAUCUUCUUGACCUGCUGCGCCAGUCCAUGAGUGUGGGGGGCGCUGCGACGACUGAGUAG